AUGUCCAAGGUUCCAAAUCAUGAGGAACUCUCGGUCUGGCUCUCUACCACCAUGAUCCAAGCCUUGCGAAAUAUGAUUACCCUCUUUACUCAUUAUUUUGACUCCUUGGAAUACAUGUUGGAUAGGUUCUUGGGCCUUCUGACUUUGUGUAUAUGCCAGGAGAAUGAUACCAUCGCCAGGAUUGGAAGCAACUGUCUCCAGCAGCUAAUAUUGCAAAACGUCAAUAAAUUUACCCCAGAGCACUGGGAGAAAAUUGUCGGGGCUUUCGUGGAACUCUUUGAAAGGACCACCGCAUAUGAGCUUUUCACUGCGGCGACAACCGCACCAGGUAUGCCUCCUGAGCGAAGAAACAUAGAAGAAGUCACGUCUCAGGCCGAUCCCGGUUCUCCUUCAGCUAAGCCAGACCGAGGCCAAGAGUCAACACGACCGAGUGAAGACGGGGAUGAGACACAUCAAGCACAACUUCCAGCUGCCUCAUCCGAGCUCGAAGACUACCGCCCUCAGCCUGACUUGCAACAACCUCCAACUGUGGUUACUGCCGCACGACGACGAUUCUUCAACCGCAUCAUCAUUAACUGCGUCCUUCAGAUCUUAAUGAUUGAAACUGUGAACGAACUCUUUUCUAACGAUGCUGUUUAUUCGCAGAUUCCCAGUAAGGAACUGCUGCGGUUGAUGGCGUUGCUGAAGAAGAGCUACCAAUUUGCCAAGAAAUUCAACGGGGCAAAGGACUUGAGGCUCAAGCUGUGGAAGCAAGGUUUCAUGAAGCAGCCGCCAAACCUUCUUAACCAAGAAAGUGGUAGUGCCGCAACUUACAUCAAUAUUCUCUUCCGUAUGUACCAUGACGAGCGCGAAGAGAGGAAGAACAGCCGUUCGGAGACAGAAGACGCCCUAAUACCCUUGUGUGCCGACAUUAUAAGGCGAUAUGUUCAGCUGGAUGAGGAGUCCCAACAGCGAAAUAUCACCGCCUGGCGCCCAGUUGUAGUUGAUGUCGUUGAAGGAUAUACCGGCUUCCCUCUGGAAACCUUCGAGAAGUACAUUGAAACCUUCUACCCUAUCACAGUUGACCUGCUUUCCCGCGACCUUAACGUUGAGAUCCGGCUCGCGAUCCAAGCCCUGCUCCGCAGAGUCGGAGAAUGCCGGCUUGGUAUCACCCCACAAACUCCCAUUGCCUCACCUACCAGUCCUCGAAGCUCCACUUCACACAGCCAUUUCAACGGCCGAAGACAGAGCGUGGGACGAUAG